GGAGACGUAUAAAAUCUGUUGACACCUUUGCAAUCGGUUUAAAAACUCUACAAUACACACCCGUCUACAGUCUACACACGACUCAAACAGUUAAACAUGGAGAAGGAUUCAUCUUUGGACAGAAUCACCCUAGCUCUGUCGAAAUUAAAAUCGGAGUUGAUGGACAUGAGAAGUCAAGAUGUGAAGCUGAUGAAGCAACUGAUAUCCAUUAACAUCACCAUUGGCUCCAUGACAAAGAGUGGACACAGAAACCCGGUGUUACGUAGCGCCAGUGUCUGCUCCCUGAAACCCCGGAGUAUGGAGCGGAUAGCCAACCGACGGAGCGCGGAAGUGACCACCUGUCUCCGGAACCCACUGGUCCGGCAUAGGAGUGCUCCAGUCAUGGUCCAGGGGGACGAGCGGGAUGAUUCCAACUCAGACAUUGAAGACGUUGGCGCCAGCAGCCCCACCGAUUCAGAGAAUGACAUUGCAUCUCUGUGUUCUUCCGCAUCAUCCAUCAUAGCGUCCAAUCAGCUUACUCCUCCAUCAUACCUCCGACCACUUCCGGAAGAGGAGGACACGGACGACAGAAUGUAUUACGGAAUAUUAAUGAAGAACAUAAAGCUCUGGAAAUAUUCACAGGAGUCUAUUAAUAGCUCAGAAAGUGACAUCUCGAUUGACAGUUAAUUAAGCGUAGGAAAUGAUUAGCAAUUUUAAUGAAUGUGGUUUUUUGCGUGUGGAUAUGAUCAUAUGAAUCAUGUGCAAUAUUGACAGUUAGGAUCCCUAGACGUAAAUCAUCCUAUAUUCUCCCUGCAUCACUCGGCCAAGGAACCCAUAAUGCAGCAGACCACGGAGGAAAUAUCACUGCAGGUUUCUUUGACAAAACAACAGACAGAAGCUGGGAAAAGAUUUGUUCUGAAUGAAAGAAGGAAAUGAUAUAUUAAUGAUGACAUUCCAUUUUUCUUCAUCUCUUGUGUGCAAUACUCUGACAUUCUCAGUUGGAGCAGAAUUUAUCGGUGUAUUUAUUUAUGAAUAAACAUUUUUAUUAUGUUAUUA